CGUGACGGUCCGGUGUCAGCCUGUGUGCCCGCCUGGGAGCUCCUUUUUCAGGAGGCUCAACUUCCCAGUGAGCUCAACUUUAGCAGAAGCCUGUAAAGCACUUAUUGAAGACAAGGCACCCUUUCUGAAGGAAACUGCUUUAAAAACAUCCUUCAGAAAAGCCAACUGCACGGAGUACAUCAUGCAGAACCACUACAUCACCCGCACCCUGUCGUCCGAGGAGGCCUCCUUCCCCCUUGCCUACAUCAUCACCCUGCAUAAGGAGUUUGAGACCUUUGAGCGGCUCUUCAGGGCAGUCUACAUGCCCCAAAAUGUUUACUGCGUCCACGUGGAUGGCAAGGCGCCGGCCACCUUGUGGCAGGCAGUGCAGCAGCUGGUGGGCUGCUUCCCCAACGCCUUCCUUGCCUCCCACACCGAGCGGGUGGUCUAUGGCGGCGCAUCCCGCCUGCGGGCCGACCUGCACUGCAUGCGGGACCUGCUGGCCUCCGCCGUGCCCUGGCGGUACUUGCUGAACAUCUGUGGGCAGGACUUCCCCUUGAAGACCAACCGGGAGAUUGUCCGGCAGCUGAAGGGCUUCAGGGGGAAGAAUGUCACCCCUGGGGUGCUGCCGCCACCCCAUGUCAUCGCUCGCACCAAGUAUGUGCACCGGGAGCAACUAUACCCUUUCUUUUCUUUCAUGCUGCGGACGUUUGUGCACAAGGCUCCCCCACCACACAACCUGACCAUCUACUUCGGCUCUGCGUACAUUGCGGUCACCCGGCCCUUCGUGGAGUUCGUGCUGUGGGACCAGCGUGCCAUCGACUUGCUGGUGUGGUCCCAGGACACCUACAGCCCCGACGAGCACUUCUGGGUGACGCUCAACAGGAUCCCAGGUGUCCCAGGCUCCAUGCCCAAUGCGUCAUGGGAAGGAGACCUGAAAGCGGUGAAGUGGAUUGAUAUGGAAGAGAGCCAUGGAGGUUGUCAUGGCCAUUAUGUCAGAGGCAUUUGUGUGUAUGGAACAGGUGACCUCAAAUGGCUUUUUAACUCCACCUGUAUGUUUGCAAAUAAGUUUGAGCUCAGAACAUACCCACUGACUGUGGAGUGCUUGGAGCUGAGACAUCGAAAGAGAACCUUGUCCCAGAGUGAGGUUCAGGUGGAACCAAAUUGGUAUUUCUAGCUAGCAAAAAAAAAUAUCAGGCUACAUCAAUGAAAGUGAUCAGGAGAAUAGCAGCAAAAAUCUAAUUUCUGCUGUGCUGGUAACACGAAUUCAUCCACCAGGUUUCUUUAGGAUGCAUGGUAGACACAGCUCAGUUCAGCUUGUCUCGCUCAGUCUGCAGAUCUAACCUUUGAUUUAAUACCCUCAGGUCAAAGCAUGAGAGAUCCAAAAGGAAGCACUAAGGCACAGCUCCUCUUGCAGCUGCCCUGUCUGCAUUUUUGCCAUUUUUAAUGGGCUUUUUUCCAGCCAUAACUUUUGUCUUGCUACAGUGACAUUGCUACCUGUUUCUAUAAAAUGUAUAGAGAAUCAUGUACCCUCGGGAUUUCCCAGGAUUUCUCGUACCUCAGUAAAAAACAGGAAUACAGUUGGUGGCCAAAUAUAUAGAUGCUGUUUUGUCAAAGACAAACUCUAGUGCAUAGAACCAUCAGGAAAUGGAAUAAAGGAAUACUGAAAAUGGAAUAAAGAUGCUGCACUGCCCAGAUCUUACCUGUUCUUUAAAUAUCUAUUGGGACAAAGUUUGUGAAAAGAAAACAGCAUCUUUUGCUAGGUUAAUGAAUAUGGCUAGAAAAAUUUGAUAGGCUUUCAGGUGCAGAAGCCCUUCUUCAUGUCUGAAAAACAGGGGCUUACAUAUUUGUUUUGCAAGGCCAACCAAUAGAGCUGGAAAACCUAAACUAAGCUACACUAAACUAAAUAAAAUAAAAUAAAAUAAAAUAAAAUAAAAUAAAAUAAAAUAAAAUAAAAUAAAAUAAAAUAAAAUAAAAAAGCCUCUAUACACAGAUUUUGGCCCACCUGUGUCCUUAAAUCAUCCCAUGUAGGACACAAAGUGGGGAAGACAGUGGCAAGACACGUAUUUUCAGGACUGGAAGAGGGUAACUGUGCUUUGGCAAUAACUCAGUAAUUCUGUGUCAUGUUUUGAUAUAGCUUGAGUAUUCUUCCCAAGUUUACUUCUUUUGAUCUUAAACUAGUGGCUAAUACACAUACUUAACAUUAGGGUUCACUUCAUCCGAGCCCUAUUUUUAUUCCCCAGUACCAGCCACUAGAGGGAGGCAAUGAAAUAUCUGAGCUGAUGUUCCUUUCCAAGUCUACCUAACUCUCUUACACACACAGUUUCAACAGACUAGGCAUGCUGUAGAGAAAAAUCUGCACUCAGGAAUAUUUUAGUAUGGCCAACAGAAGGCAAAAGUUACAGGUAUCAGUCAUUGUGUCGUAAAGAAACAAAGCAGGGAAGCAAAACUAUGAAUGCUUCUUCCUGUAGUGAUGACUGGUGGUGUUUAUGUGGUAUUUUAGCAGCGCUGUUGAAUGACCCAAGUCAGCAGCACUCGGACAGUACAAAUUGGGAGUGAAUGUGCUGCUCUCCUGAACAAGCGAAGGUGGCUCAAAGAGUAGGUCUUGAAUAGCAGCAGUUUAGCAACCAACUGUAUUAAACCAUUGCUAAUUUCAGUUUUGACAAACAGGAUUGCAAACUGCAGCAGUUCAGAAAUGACAACACAUCAUAUUCAGAUGUCCCGAAGCAUGGUUGGUAACCCCCAGGCAUGGGCCUGAAGGGGCUGGAUCUGCUUCAGUCAGCUUGUUCUGUGUUUAUAGCUGUCAACACAUAAUAAUGCAGAUUUCUGCAGAAAGGCAUCAAGAGUUUAUCUCCACAGCAGAGUUUUGGUGGAAAUCCUACUCGUUUUCUUGUGGAGGGAACUUGCUACCACAGUGGCAGCUGAAGAGACAAAUAUUUUAAAGAAAGAGUUUUAAGGUGCCCAACUAAGAGUUCUGGAGCCAAAAUCCCCCCCACACACUCCUUGUUCUAUCAAGCUGAAUAUCCCCAAAUUGAAAUGUUCAAAAUAAAAGACAAUUUCACGGUUUAAUGUGACUAUUUAAAGUAGCGCAGAGUACAAACAAGGUUACAUUUUGGUUACAUUUCAUCGUUCAGACUCAAGAAAAUACAGGCAAACAGCAAAAUAUCUCCCAGUAGUAGAAGCAAUAAGUUUGGCAGUUUGAAAUCACAGAUAUCAAAGGGUAUUGUACUCCAAGCCUGAGCAAAUAUAGAUAUUUUAAGACUGGGUUGUAGUACUGCUUAUAGUAAGAACCCAGAAAAACAUCAAAGGUGGUUAGUCUACUGAGAGACUUUGAUUUUGAGUUUGUUAUUGUUGUUUUUAAAUGAAUGCUACUCUUUGUCAUGUUUUUCUUGAAAUAAAUCAUUUUGUUUUCAUUGUGUGACUGAUUUUUGGGUGCAAAACCUCCCUCAUCAGCUUCUUCUCUUUUUAAAUGAAGACAGGCUGAGGGAGUUGGGGUUGUUCCACCUGGAGAAGAGAAGGCUCUGGUGAGACCUUACAGUGGCCUUCCAGUACCUAAAGGGGGCCUACAGGAAAGCUGGGGAGAGACUCUUUGUUAGGGAGGGUAGGGAUAGGACAAGUGGGAAUGGUUUAAACUAAGAGAGGGUAAGUUUAGAUCAGACAUUAGGAAUAAAUUCUUCACUCAGAGGGCAGUGAGGCACUGGAACAGGUUACCCAGAGAAGCUGUGGAUGCCCCAUCCCUAGAAGCGUUCAAGGCUAGGCUGGACGGGGCCUUGGGCAACCUGGUCUGGUGGAAGGCAUCCCUGUCUUUGGCGGGGGGGACGGAACUGGAUGGGCUUUGAGGUCCCUUCCAACCCAAACCAUUCUGUGAUUCUAUGAUUCUAAAAUAAAAGGUUCUGACAGCUGACCUCGAUAAAUACAUCUAAAUCAGUGUGACCUGACAGUAUUAGCAGUACUAUGGAAUGUCAAUAACAGACAUUGCCCCCAUUUUUUUUUCUACAGCUACGGUGAUAAAAAACAAACAAACAAAAAACCAUAGUUCUUUCCAAUACUACUUGUGGCUGCCUUUCUGAAUCAGUAUGAACAGCACAGCAAAAUUUUCAGUGCUGUUUCCCCCCCUCAAAAGCUGACUGGGCCUGUAUUGAUGCUGUAUGAACUGCUUCAUUCGCAUGCAAAAUUCUGUGUUUUUCUAGAUACUGCAUCAUUCUUUCUUCAUUCCCUAGCAUCUCAGAUGUCCGGUCUAUUAGAAAAAAAAAAAAAAAAAAAAGAGAAGCAGCAUGCAUUCCUUUUUUUUUUUUUUGUCACUUAAUACAUGAACUAGGAAGGAGAGGAUGCUUGGAAGCGAGGACAUCUGGAGGAGCUGAUGGCAUGUUCUGUUAGAGAGGUAGGGAAGAGACAUCACCACUGCAUUACGCCGUGCUUGCUGUCAUCUUAGUCUAGGACAAAUCUUGGACUCAUCGCCAGGGUUUGUUGAACUAGUCUGUUAACGCAAGUAGGUGGUGGUGCCAGACAUGGAGUGCUCUGGUACACAGCUGUACAGCACCGUAGUCAGUCCUGCAAUGGGAUGUAUGAGCUGACAGGGCUGCUGCUUGUGGAAUUUUCUCCUACAGGGUUCUGAAGUACCUGUUUGAUGUGAGAACUAAGAGUUCCUUCCCAGGCUUUCACCUUGCUAAGAGACAGCAUUUCUCCAGUCCCAGUAGGCACUGUUGGGGUCUCACUUCCCACUCUGCAAUGCAGCACCGUGGCAUUAACAGUGGAGAUGUGGUGUUAAUUAACUCCCACGGCCUGGCACAAGUCAGCAGAAGGGGCUGCUGGUGCAGGCAACACUCUGCGUGCGAUGGAGAGCAGAGUUACCCCAGGCUGAGACCUCAUGGCAGCGUACCACCAGGGCCAGCCUGUGCUGGCCGGAGCUGCAUCUUCAGCCCUAUAUGAUGUGCGUGGCUGCAGCUAUUGUGCUUCCAGUUGUGAAUAACGUGUGGGUUUCAUGCUGUUUCCUCACACACUGCUUUAUUGAACAUUGGGCAUCCUCACAAGUCCCUUAAUUGACAAUCGGGCAUCCUCACAAACUCCCUUAUCAGAAAUUGGGUAUCCUCACAAACUCCUUUAUUGAAAAUCUGGCAUCCUUUGAAACCUCUUUACUGAAAAUCAGGCAUCCUCACAAACCCUUUAUCGAAAAUCGGGCAUCCUCAUAAAUCCCUUAACUGAAAAUCGGGAAUCCUUAGAAACACCUUUCUGAAAAUCAUCCCCCCACUUCCCGCUCCCGCUCCCCCUCCCCCCCCCCCCCCCGCAGCCGGGCUCGGAGCCACAGGUGGGAACGCCGGGAAGGCGCCGCUGGGCCGCUCCACCGGGGGCGGCGCCGCUCGGCCUGGCGGCAAGGUCGGCGCGGGGCGGUCGGCUGGGACCUCCCCAGCGGCAGUUCCGUGCCCUCAGGCCUCCCGCCCGCCCGGGGGUAUCUGCGGGGUCCGCCGAUGGCCUACGACUGGCUCGGCCUCGGCUACGCGGCGCUGGUGGCCUCGGGGGGCAUCAUCGGCUAUGCCCGGGCAGCGUCCCUUCUCUGGCCGCCGGGCUCCUCUUUGGUGGUUUAGCAGGGCUGGGAGCCUACCAGCAGUCCCAAGAUCCAAAGAAUAUCUGGCUUUCUCUUGUAUACUGAUGGUUGGACGGCUUGGAUUGCAGAUGAUGGAAAAACCUCUUAAGCCAUAAGUCUGUCUUCGAGUGACUUGAUGCAGAUCUUUAAGAAGCCUGAAAAUGCAACUGCCUGAAUGUACCACACAAAAUAGAAAAGGCACUGCGCACUGUAUUUUUCAUAUCCUAACGCACAUGGGUCUGUCUUUAAAGGACAUAAAUUGAGAACCUGUGUUGUCUUCCAUACUGGCACUUGUCUCAACAGCUAAAUUAUGAAGCAAGAAAAUAUGAGUGUAGUAUUAGUUCAGGUGCUUGUCCUGCAGAUUACUGUAGGCAGAGGCCUCUUGGUGCUUUUGUGUGCUGACAGGAAUGAAGCUUAAAUAUACAUCUGGACUUAAAAUCUGAAAUCCUUUGUAAUUCUGAAACAAUGGGAGACAAGUUGCCAACUUGUCGCUAAUACUGCCUAUAACAAAUGUGCUUGUUCUGUCACCUUUCCCCUCCCACUUCCCUGCCAGUUUAUCUGGUCAUCGCGUUUGUCAGUCAGGGCCUUUUUUCUGCUAGGACCGUGUUAGAGCCUUGGCCCACAAAACACAAUUGUGGAGCAGGCUGUCAAGUUUCUAUUGUGAUGCAAUGAAAAUAAACCCCUUACUUAGUUUUUCAUGAGGAAAAGUGUCCUGCUUAGUGUCAUUCAUUUCACUUUUACAGACUAUCACUGGUAGGAGAAAUCAAAAAUGUGCUUCAUUAGAUAAUGCUGAAUUGUAGUCAUACCACUUGCAUUUCAUGAGAAUUAAAACGUUAUUCUAAAUAAACGAAGAAAUUAUGAUUACAAACUUA